UCUCUCUUCUCCCUGUGCAGGCCCAUCAGCGACAGCGCCAUGGAGGCGGGCAGUGCCCGGUGGGCUCCGGCCUGGAGGCCGAGAUCCGAGCUGGACGAUGACUAUUACCCUCAGGGCGGCUGGGACACCGCCUUCCUGGUGGUCCUGCUGCUGCUGGGGCUGCCGGCCAACGGGCUCAUGGGGUGGCUGGCAGGCUCCCAGGCGCGGCUCGGGGCUGGCAGGCGCCUGGCCCUCCUCCUGCUCAGCCUGGCCGUCUCCGACUUCCUCUUCCUGGUGGCCACGGCCUUCCAGGUCAUGGAGAUCCGGCUGCAGGGGCACUGGCCGCUGGGGACGGCCGCCUGCCGCCUCUACUACUUCCUGUGGGGCGUCUCUUACUCGUCGGGCCUCUUCCUGCUGGCGGCGCUCAGCCUGGACCGCUGCCUGGCGGUGCUGCUGCCCCGGCGCUACCCCUGCCGCCGGCCGGCCCGCCUGCCGCUCUGGCUGUGCUCGGGCGCCUGGGUCCUGGCCACGCUCUUCAGCGUGCCCUGGCUCAUCUUCCCGGAGGCCAACGUGUGGUGGUACGACCUGGUCAUCUGCCUGGACUUCUGGGACGCGGAGGAACUGCCCCUGCGGGUGCUGGAAGUCUUUGGGGGGCUGUUGCCCUUCCUCUUGCUCCUGGGCUCUCACGUGCUGACCCAGAUCCAGGCGUGCCGGGCGCGCCGCCGCCGCCCCAGGGACCGCGGGCCCCCCGGUUUCUCCCAUGUGGCCUCUACCUUGUUCUCGGCCUAUGUGGUCCUGAGGCUGCCCUACCAGCUGGCCCAGCUGCUGUACCUGGCCUAUCUGUGGGACUUCUACCCCGGCUACUUCCUCUGGGAGGCGCUGGUCUACUCCGACUACCUGCUGGUGCUCAGCAGCUGCCUGAGCCCCUUCCUCUGUGUCCUGGCCAGCGCCAACAUCCGGGCCCUGCUCCACUCCACGCUCUCCUCCUUCGCCGCCGCCCUGGCCGAGGAGCGGUUCGGGGGCACCAUGCCCGCAGCCUCGCCGCCCGCCCAGCCAGAGCCCGCAGUCCAGCUGCAGCCCCCCCCGCCCCCCCAGGAUGGGCCCCAGGAGAACCCCACGGCCCAGGUCCAGGUGAACCCCAUGGCCGACGUCCAGGUGAACCCCACGGCCAAUGUCCAGAUGAACCCCAUGUCCCAGGUCCAGGUGAACCCCACAGCCGACGUCCAGGUGAACCCCACGGCCGACGUCCAGGUGAACCCCACGGCCCAGGUCCAGGUGAACCCCACGGCCCAGCCCCAGCUGAAUCCGGCCGAGCAGCCGCAGCCCAAUCCUUCAGCUCAGCCCUCUGAGCCUCCCCCUCCUUCAGCCUCCAACCCCCCGGAAGGACCCACAGCCACAGAACAGCCAAAGGCAGCGCCCCUGGAAGAGACGGCCGUGUCCCCCGCCCCCUGGGGGGACGGCUCUGGAGACGCUCCUGUGGAGACAUCCCCUGCCCAAGCCCCCUCCUGAGAAGGGAAGAUGGGCUGGGGGGAGGGAAGCAGACAGGGCAGCCCCAUGACAGGGGGCCUAGAGAAGCACCCGGCCCUCACCAAUGGCCGAGAGCAGGAUAGAGCAAGGAGUGGGGGGAAAAUCCCCCCAGUCACUGAGCUGGAGGAGGUGCCCCCAGCUCCAUGGGGAACGAAAGCCACAAGUCGCCUCAAAGGCAUCAGUGACCUCCCUGGCCCACUGACUUGAGGACUCAGAGCAGUACCGAGGGGUGUGCUGUUGGCUCCCUGCCCCCCCCCAGAGCCUGGGAGUGGCCCCCGGCCCCCCCACAGGGGGAAAGAGCAGCUUCCCCAAAUCCCCCGUUCCCAGUAGCCUCUGCCUUCCCAUAAAAUGCCAAGAGGAGACUGAACAUCCCAGAGUGGGGGGCUCACACCAAGUGGCCUCUGGGAAAUUCUCACAGCUCCCUCUGGAGGGUGCCAGAAGCCCUGGAAAAUGGCGGCACCCAAGACGGAGCAGGUGGUGGGGAGUCAGAGGGAGUUCCCAGAGGGGCCCUUUCACCCAGUGCCCCGUGCUGGUCAAGCGGGCUGCAAUUUGCCCGCCCCGUGCCCAGCUUCUCAGGAAGCCCCUCCUGGGGGCCCUGCCUCUCUGGGCUGUCCCGUUUUGCCUCCAGCCUUUCUACCAUUUUUACAGAAUCCAGGUGAUGGAAGGCCCCUCCUCAGAGACUCACCGGAGGUGUCCGGAGCAUCCCUGCCAGCCCCUGGGAGUGGGAGCUCCCUCCCUCCAUCACCCUCUCUGUCAGGGACUUCUCCUCUCUACAUCUUGGUCUCCUCCUCUUUUCUGUCUUCUGCCCAGCCACUGCUCUGGGUCUUGUGCUCAAGGGCCAAGAUAAGUGGAAGAAGCCUCAGCUUUCCUCCCCAUGACAAGCGGGCACAUAGCCCCAAGUCUGAGCUUCCCCACCACCACCAAGCACGUGAACCAUGUGGAAUGGUCCAUCGAUACAAUCAGACAAACAUAUAUUGAGUGCUUGCUGUAUACAAGCACUUUAAGCAACCCAGAUGCUCGCCCAGCCAACAACAGCCUUGCUAAAAACGUGGUACCCAAGGUGGAACACAGCUCUGCAAACAUGGGCAGCGCCGGGCAAAUGGAAGGCGAGUUAAAAUGGCAUUAGCUCUCCCGGCUUCCACAUCACACAUGUGAGGAACUCACCUUGAUCUUGUGGUCGACUCAGACUAGAUUCUUUUUUUUCAGAUUCAAACCAUCCCCCCCUCAGUUUUUUUUUCCCCCAAUAUGUUUUCUAAACACACUUCUUCCAUCUUGCUUUUUGGAAGCAUGUGUAACCUAAGGGUGAGACUUUACAUUUACCCUUAUCGAAUUUCAGAUUUUUAAAUUCAGCCAAAUAUUGUAACCAGUUGAAAUCACUCGGGAUCCUUCUUGGCUCUUUUUCGAUCUAGCAUGUCCACCAUCCUUCCAAGCUAUGCAUCAUUUGCAAAUUGGAGAAGAGUGCCAUCUCUGACAGGCAGCAAGGGGCAGUGGAGAGACCAUGGCUUCCCGGUUCCAAUAAAUCUGCGCUGGAGGCUUGCCUCCUGUCCCAACUGGCUGUGGGACUCUGGGCAACUGAUGAAGCUCUCGGUAUUCUCAAUCAUCUCCACUGGCUUAGUGGGCCCGACUCUCUCCAUGCUUCUGGGUUGCCGAUCUGCUUUUAGGUGUUGAGGAAGGGAGUUUCCCCACUGGGAGUUUCCUUUAUCUGUGACUCUGGACCCGCCCCCCCCUCAAAAAAAAACCUAUAGCUACACAAGUUAUAAUCUCUUUCCAAUAAUUGAUAAAAGGAGUAAACAAUCCGGGUCAGAGGCAGCCCUUGGGAAUAGCUCUGGAGAGCUCUUUUUAUUGCCGAGGAGCCACAAACCCAACCAGUUCUGCACUGACAGAAGGGAACGCUUGUCUUACACGUUUCCCCCAUGCCACAGCAGGUGCGCAGGGCAUCCGCUUCUCUGAUCGCGGCCCCCCCCAAGACCUUUGGUGACCCAGAUAAAGUUCAGUCUCUUUCGGUUGGCAUUCAAGGUCCCCCCAGCCUUCUGUCCCACUGCUUGCAGCACAUCCAGCCCUCUCAUUGGAGGAUGUCUCUAUUUUCUUGAUUACUCUUCGAAGGAAUAAUAAUUGGCUUUGGAAGGUGAUGAGUUCCAGGCAACUCCAGGUCUUCAAAUAGAUCCCUUCUCUUCCCGGGGGCGGGGGGGGGGGCAGGAUGAUAGAAAUACCUAGAACGGCCCAGUCCAUGAGCGCAGGACCUGCUACCAAAGGGAUUCCGCCAACUUCCAUGGCCUUUUCAUAAUGGACGUAUUCAAGGUUUCGCUAGUGGCUUAAAAUGGGACAUUUGUAAAAUGUUCCCCCAUUCUCGAUCUACCUCAGUACCAAACUCCAUGGACCCGUGGCAAUUAGGGGUGCAGCCCUGAA